UAAUGCACAGAUUUCUUUUAGGUACAACAAGAGUUUGUUGGGAGAUAAAUUGGGGAAAUUUCCGGCUCCCUUGCUGAUGAAUACAGUCCAUUUUGCAAUGCAAGCAGUUUUCUCGAGGCUCAUUCUGUGGUAUUGGUCCAUGAAAUCCGGUGGAACAAUGUCAUGGACAGAUUACUUCAUUAGAGUUGUACCAACGGCUAUUGCGACAGCACUGGAUAUAAAUCUGAGCAAUGCUUCUCUUGUUUUCAUAUCUGUCACAUUUGCUACCAUGUGUAAAUCCGCUUCUCCAAUAUUUCUCCUCCUAUUUGCAUUUGCAUUCAGGUUGGAGAGUCUGAGUAUUAAGCUGCUGGGGAUCAUACUCGUUAUCUCCAUUGGAGUCCUAUUGACAGGUUGGGGUGAUUUUACCAAUACUUCUACUGCUCAUUAUUAUUGA